CAGUGGCAGGUAGGCCAUGAACUUGGAACCAUGGAAGGCGAUGCAGGAGAGAUCACGCUGCAGUACGUCGCGGUCAGCUCGGUCGAGAAGCUGGGUGAGGUCUUGAAACGCCAAUGUGGAACCAGCAAAGACUUCUGGUUCGGCACCGUUGUAAGCUCUGAACAUCAAGAACUUGCAAGCAAGUUGCCUGGGCUACAUGUCGGACCUUUUUGGGCAGCUGAAGCUUUCACGCAUUGCUAUGCAUCACAGUCCGCAGAUCCAGAUGCCGACUUCGCAGCCUUGACCAACCGCUACGGCUUGGGACAACGCAGCAAGAAACCGGGCAGGAAAUGUGGAGCUCCUGGCAUGAUUUACCUCCUCCUUAAUCAGAGCGGCUUCUCCAAACUGUACAAAUACAACAUGGAGCUUGCUGCUGCUCCCAAAGCUAAGGUGACGAAGGCGAGCAAGGGCGACGCGAGAAAAGCUUUAGGCAAGCGUUCCAAAGGGAGCCGAGCUUCCAAAACUCAGCCCAUCGAUGCGGAGCUCAUCCUCGAUGAAGCCACGUCGCCGCAACAGAAGAAGAGCAGGACAGCCGUGGUGAACGAUCCUUUGGCCAGUCCAUGGCCAAGUUCUCGUUCUCGGCGUCACGACACCCCAGACUCUCCCAGGCUCAGCCAUGCCGCCAACAAGCAUGAUCUUCAUCGUCGUCAGGUGGCAGUGAUUCAGAAGAGAUUGGAAGAACUGCUGCCCAGUCUCCCGCUGGAUCAGUUGUCGACGAGUUGGGCUCUCACGAAACUGGAGGAAUCCAUGCGGAAGCGGAAGGGCAAAUUUGAUGAGUUCCGGGCUGAUGUCGAGCGCAUCAUCAUUGCUUAUGUCACUAAGAAAUCUGCAGCCAAAGCUAUCGCUGCACGCAAGAAGAAACCUGUUGAGGAGGAGUCAGCCAAGACGGCGACCUCAACACAGGCAGAGCAUGGAAACGAAGAUGAAGAGGUCCCUUCAACGAUGACUGGUCCACAGACAGAAGAUGUGGCAGAAGACCUGGAUGUUGCAGAGCCAAAGGAACUCGUUCGCGAAGCGCCAGAAGUCGACAUUCCAAGGACGGCCUCGCAAGCGGUUUCGCCUGUUCAAAUCGACUUGGAGACCCAGGAGCUUUCCGACCAUGAGAUACUUCCGGAUGCUGAGGAGAUGGUGGAGGUGGACCAUUGGGGCCUGGCAUUCUUCUCAAUGGCUGAGGUGGACCAUUGGGGCUUCCAAGUGGCACUCAGUCAGCUCCGUGAAUGUGCAGGUCGACCACCUUCAGAUGCCAUUGCCAUCCUCACCGCACUCCUGGCCUCGCGACCCAGUCAAGAACUUCUGUCUUUCGGAGCUUGGGAGGCUGCCUUGGGCGCCCAUGAACGGAUGACCUCCAACCGUCGUGUGGCGCGCCUGGCACGGAAGGUGAAGGAGCGGUGGAAGGCCAUGGACGAUGCCAAGAAGGAACAGAUGCUGUACCGAAAGGCCCUGACGGCCAUCGAGCAGUUGAAGACCUUGGGUGAUGACAAUGCACCCAGCCCUGAGAGUUGAAAAAA